AUGGCAGAGGAUCCCACACUAGCAGCUGCGAAGGCUGCUCAAGCGGAAGCCAAAAGCACCAAGCGCGAGAACGUCAUUUCUACCAAGCCAAAUGCGCAGUACAUGCUGGCACGCAUCGAUGUCCUCACACAAAUCUUCGUCUUCCGCCUUUCAAACUUGCUGGAAAGUGCAGACCCAGCCGGUCCAGAGAAGGACACGCCCGAACAACCACCUUCUCUAGUCGAUACAGCAAACCAUCAGCUCCUCGCAGACACGGUUACGAUGGCUUUGAUACGUGCUGCGGAAGAGUUGAUGGUUCUCACGAGGACUAUGAAGGAGUUGUGGCUGUUGGGGAACCUCGAUACCCUGGUCAGUGACCAGACGAACGAAGAGCGAGAGAAGACUGAAAACCUGAAGAAGGACGAGGAUGCUGUCGUGAGAGGUCUACAUGAAUGGUUUAAGCAGAAUGGAGACAAGCUUUCCAGGCCGCUUGACGAGCAGAAAGGAGAGGAAGACACCAAAAUGGUCAACGAUUGA